AUGGCUCCUACCAAAGUUGUUUCAUCGCAAGUUCUUAUUGUUGUAAGCUCUGUUGUAGUUCUUCUUUUGUCCGGUGUGAGCUCAUUUGAUGGAAAUGAACCAAAAGGACUUAAGAUUUGUGGGUUUGAUGCCAUAUAUAAUUUUGGAGAUUCAUACUCAGACACAGGAAAUGCUAUUCAAAUAGACCCUACUGCUUCACAAUCCCAUCCUCCUUAUGGCAGAACCAUCAACAAGAUAACCGGGAGAUCAAAUUCGGCUGGUUUUCCAUCUAUCAAAACCUACUUGAAUUCGAAUGAAACGGACUCCCUCAACGGUGUGAAUUUUGCAGUUUCUGGUGCUACUGCAUUACCAUUGAAUGUUGUUCUAUCGAAAUUGAAUAUCUCGGCUGGAUUCAUUAACAAUUCUCUCACCGAACAACUUCAAUGGUUUGGUGAACAUUUAAAAGGAUUUUGUCAAACAGAUUGCAAGGAAAAACUCAGGUCAUCUCUCUUUAUAAUUGGAAUCGGGAGUAACGAGUACAACCUAGGAUUCUUCCAUUUUAAGAAAGCUGAGGAGAUGAAGAAGAUAGGGUUGGUGUCUGCAGUUGUAGAAGCCAUUCAGAAAGCCGUAGAACAAGUCAUCGGUUAUGGUGCUACUCGAGUCUUGGUCCCUGGAACCUACCCAACGGGUUGUGCACCAGGCUUUCUUGGAAUGUUCAGGAAAUUGAAUUAUACGAAAGACACACACGGUUGUUUAGCGGAUGUUAAUGAUUUAUACAAGUAUCACAAUGAUCAGCUCCAAGCAGGCUUGGAAAUUUUGAGAAAGAAAUACCCUGGUUGGGCUUCUCUUGCCUCCGAACUAGACUAUCUCUCCCUUACAUUCUUAUUCCAGUCGAGGAUGAUGAUCGAUGAUGGUGAUGAAGAAGAUUCUCCGUGCUUCCAAUCCCACCACCACAUUCCAAAAUCGGCAAUCCCUGCUCUCAUGAAGGUGUUUGAAAAUCUGAAAUCUCUUGAAAUUAAGAUCUGCUUCAGCCAAACUUGUAUGGAUAACUCUUUCAGAUUGGAGGCAACGUCGGCAGGUUCUGAUGUUUGCAGUUAUUUAACUUGUGUGUCGGUGCCAUCAAAGGCUGGAUUGUUAACAAGUUCUGAUUAUACUCCAUCGUCUCUUGAUGCUGAAUUUGGUUGCGCUCAUAUUUGCUCUUUCAUGGAUUUUUAUACGCUGAUGUUAAAGAAUAGGUCUAAAACAUUGACAAGCUUGGUGAUGAUGGUUCCUUCAUACUUGAGAAAAUUGGUGCUUAUUCUUUCAAAAGCAAUUGGUUGUGUCUCCCUGAAAGUUCCUUUUGGUUUAGUUUCUGUUCCAGCUUUGAAUCCAGUGGAAUUAUAG